GUUAAUCCAUUUCGUAGUUAAAAAAAAAAACAAAAAAGGAAGGUUGUUGCAAACCAAGGACACCCAAAAGCUGAGUUGGAAAAUAGAAUACUAGCUACUAGUACAAGAUUUUGGAUUUUUUUUUCUUCAUUUCUUGGACAAGGAAAAGUAAACCAAAGUUGUGGAGGCAAACCCAAGUUCCGAGUUGUUUCAUCAUCAUCUUCUUCUCGAUCUGACUGCUGCUUCCCUCCCUUUCUGUCCUACACUAGAUUCCAAUUUAUCUUUUUCGAUAGAGUCGUUUUUCCUUGAAAUUCGUUACAAUAGAGAGGCGAAGCUGACGACAAAGAGUAUUUCCGCCUCCCAAGCUCAAGUCGGAUGGUUGGUUCCUGGGACAAAGGAGAAUUCAGAUCUGCGACUGUGAUGAAAGUAAAAGGCAAAAGGCGGUGGUUGCUUUUACUUUUGCUUGUUUUCUGAGAUGAAGCCUCAAGCUGAGAUUUUGUGAAGGGUAGAUCAUUUGGUGUCUGGAGAACCAAGUUAUUAUCAGACACAUGGAGGAGGUAGGCGCGCAAUUAGCUCCUCCCAUUUUUAUCCAUCAAGCCCUCGCCAGCCGAUUCUGUGAACCACCUUCCCUGCCCAGGAAACGUGACCUUUCUCAUCAGACCCCACCAUUUCAUUUCCAAAACCCUUCCCAACAGCGCGUUGCCAACCCCAGGGACAACUGGAACCCUAAACUAUGGGAGUGGGACACUGUAAGAUUCAUUGCCAAACCCUUAGAUACAGAGAUUCUGCAGCCAGGGACUGCCACAUCAGACCAAAGAAAGAAAGACCCUGCUAAUGGAAAUGAAAACUCUGUAAACUCCAAGAAGAGCACUAUGGUAAAUGAGGAGGAUGAGAGCCUGCAACUUAAUUUGGGUGGGGGAUUGAAUUCUGUGGAAGAGCCUGUGUCCAGGCCUAACAAAAAGGUCCGCUCUGGAUUCCCUGGGAGUAUCAACUACCCCAUGUGUCACGUUGAUAAUUGCAAGGAAGAUCUCUCUAAUGCAAAGGACUAUCACCGUCGGCAUAAAGUGUGCGAGUUUCAUAGCAAAGCGACUAAAGUUCUUGUUGGGAAGCAGAUGCAGAGGUUCUGCCAGCAGUGCAGCAGGUUUCACCCUCUUUCUGAGUUUGAUGAGGGAAAGAGAAGUUGUAGGUGUAGACUUGCUGGGCAUAAUCGCCGAAGAAGGAAGACACAACCCGAAGACAUGACCUCACGGCUUUUACACCCUGUAAACAGGGAUAAUACUGAGAAUGGAAAUUUCGAUAUUGUCAAUUUGCUGACUGCCUUGGCUCAGACACAAGGUAAAAAUGAGGGCAAAAGCAUUAAUUGCACAUCGAUACCAAAUAGCGAUCGACUCAUUGAGAUUCUUAGUAAGAUUAAUUCAUUACCUUUGCCAAUGGACCUGGCUGCAAAGUUGCCCAACGUCGGAGUUUUUAACAGGAAGAACCUGGAGCAGGCUUUGCUAGGCCACCAACUGAUUGGGAAAAACAUAUCUUCUCAAUCUGCUGUAGAUUUAAUUGCUGCCCUUUCAGCCACAUUGACAUCAUCUUCUUCUGAAGCCCUUGCUAUUUUAUCUCAAAGAAGCAGCCAGAGCAGUGAUAGCAAGAAGACCAAGUUGACCUGUCCUGAUAAUGUACCUGCUCCCAGUGCGCAAAAUAGAGCUCCUCUGGAGUUUACUUCAGUUGGAAGAGAUAGAAGUAGUACCAGUUAUCAGUCUCCCAUUGAAGAUUCAGAAUGCCAGAUUCAAGAAAUUCGAGCUACUUUACCAUUGCAGCUAUUUAGCUCCUUGCCUGGGGAUGACAGCCCACCAAAACUGGCAUCUUCUAGGAAUUAUUUCUCUUCUGAAAGUAGCAACCCAUUGGAGGAAAGAUCUCCAUCUUCUUCUCCAGUUAUGCGAAAAUUGUACCCAGUGCAUAGCACUGCAGAAGCUGUGAAAUAUGAGAAAAUGCUAAUUGGCAGAGACACUAAUACAAAUGCUGAAGGAAGCAGAAUUCAGGGUUCUAUUCUGCCUCUUGAGCUCUUUAGUGGGUCAAAAAGUGGAACUGGACAUGCUUCAUUUCAACAUUUACCUUCUCAAGCUGGGUACAUGUCUUCUUCUGGGUCGGAUCAUUCCCCCUCUAGCUUGAACUCUGAUGCUCAGCAGGAUCAGACUGGACGGAUAAUUUUUAAGCUAUUUGACAAGGACCCCAGCCACUUCCCUGGGACACUGCGGACCCAGAUCUAUAAUUGGCUUUCUAAUAGUCCGUCUGAAAUGGAGAGCUAUAUAAGGCCUGGUUGUGUGGUUCUGUCAGUCUAUGUGUCAAUGUCAUCUGAUGCCUGGGAGCAACUUGAAGGAAACCUGCUUCAGUAUGUCAAUUGUUUGUUGCAAGACUCAGGUUCAGAUUUUUGGAAAAAGGCAAGGUUUUUAGUUCAUACAGGCCGGCAGUUAGCAUCACAUAAAGAUGGAAAGAUUCGUCUAUGCAAAACCUGGAGGUCAUGGAGUUCCCCUGAGUUGAUCUCAGUGUCUCCUUUGGCCAUUGUGGGUGGGCAGGAAACCUCUCUUCUAGUGAGGGGUAGAAAUCUGACUAAUCCUGGCACAGAGAUUCGUUGUGCGUAUGAUGGUGGAUACACAUCAAUGCAAAUUAGUGGGUCAGCAUAUCUGGGAACCGCUUAUGAUGAGGUAAACAUGGGUGGUUUAAAGAUUCAGGUUUCAUCACUGAGCGCUUUCUGUCGUUGUUUCAUUGAGGUGGAGAAUGGAUUCAAGGGCAACAGUUUUCCUAUUAUAAUAGCUGAUGCUACCAUUUGUAAAGAAUUGAGACUUCUGGAAUCUGAAUUUGACGUAGAAGCUAAAGCAUCUGAUAUUAUUUCUGAAGAGCAUGCUUACGAUUAUUGCCAGCCAAGGUCAAGGGAGGAAGUCCUGCACUUUCUGAAUGAACUUGGAUGGCUAUUCCAAAGGAGAAGCACUUGUCCUUUGCCCAAGAGUUCUGAUUAUUCCCUUUGUCGGUUCAAAUUUUUGCUCAUAUUCUCUGUUGAGAGAGACUACUGUGCUUUGGUCAAGGUACUCCUUGACAUGCUGGUGGAAAGCAACUUGGAUGUGGAUGGGCUAUCUAGGGAGUCACUGGCAAUGCUGGCUGAGAUUCAGCUCUUAAGCCGGGCAGUGAAAAGAAGGUGUAGGAAGAUGGCUGACUUGCUCAUACAUUAUUCUCUUAGUAGCAGUGAUGAGAACAAAAAAUAUAUCUUCCCACCAAAUCUUGAAGGUGCUGGUGGAAUCACUCCUUUGCAUUUGGCUGCAUGUACGUCUGGUUCAGAGGGUAUGGUAGAUGUGUUGACAAAUGAUCCACAGGAGAUUGGGUUGUCCUGUUGGAAUUCUCUUCUGGAUGCAAAUGGGCAGUCUCCAUAUGCCUAUGCUGCGAUGAGAAACAACCAUUCUUACAACAAAUUGUUGGCUGGCAAGUUUGCUGAUAGAAGGAAUGGUCAAGUUUCUCUGAGGAUUGGUAUUGAGGAUAAGCUGACUGCAGUGUUGUUACAUGAGAAAAGUUCACGGUUUAAACAAGAGCACACUUCUUGUGCCAAGUGUGCAAUUGUGGCAACAAAGUUUAACAGGAGGUUUCCAAGUUCACAAGGUUUGAUUCAACGUCCUUAUGUUCAUUCAAUGCUUGCCAUUGCUGCUGUAUGUGUUUGUGUCUGCUUAUUCCUGCGGGGCUCGCCUGACAUUGGCUGCGUUGCUCCCUUUAAGUGGGAAACUUUGGAUUUUGGCACAAUUUAGUUGAAAUCAUUUUGAAGCAAGUAACAAACUAGGGGGCGGAUUGUGCAUGGAUCUUUGGAAUGGAAAAUUGGUUUUGAGGUGAUGUACGUGGGGCAGAAGGUUGAAGGAAUGUUACUGCUGAAAUUUUGGAAUGGAAGUGAUUCACAGAGAAGAAGUAAGCAAUCAUAUAUAGAAUUAUGAGAAAUUUAAGUUAAAUUUAUUAUGUGCUUUGUAAUUUUCACUUGAUUCCUUCACAAUGCCUAGGAGCUACCAAGUCUGAAGCAAUAUUAUUGAGUUUGUAUUAGUUUCCUAAUAUCAUUGUAGUAGUAAAGUUGAUCAACAAUCUUUAGGAUAAAAAUACAAAACGUUGAAUACCAAAUAUAUGUUUAAUCAUCUAAAAGAAAGAAGCAUAUUUUCUAAUUGCUUCGCUUCUGUGAAUAUAAAAUCAUAAGCUUAAUUUCGUUUUGUUGUGAAGGAAAUUUAAGUUGUAAUCUUUCUUUCAACAAAUUAAUCCACCGCAUACUGUAACUUGCGUCGUGUUUCGGCUUUUGCAAUAUGAUAAU